GCAUCAGAUGUAGCUCCGUACCAAACACAAUCGAAAUGCACUCGGAUGUUCGUGUGGAAGAUGUUCUUAGAGCUCUGGGAACAAGUAAACGGUAUCACAUCUGCCAGUACGUAUGGCUCUUCCUGUCUAUGUUGACGGUUACGUAUGGGAUAUUAGGCUACGUCUUCGUUGGUAAAAGUGUAACGAGCCAAUGCGCGACCUUGUCCACUCAGUCCACCGACGGCAUCCUAGCGUCAAUCAACGUCCCUGCGAUUGACGUGGUAGGAAUUGACAGCAUCUACAACGAAUGUACCGUCGACGUCACCGUAAACACUGCAACAACUUCACAGACGGUGGUAGUAGGAUGUCUAGAUGGUCAAGACUUCGGGUCUCUUCGGUUCACUUCCGUUGUAUCAGAGUUUGGCCUGGUGUGCGACAGGAAGAUCCAGUCGAGACUACCGCAGUUCCUAGUGUUGGCCGGGGAAGCAUUUGGCGCCAUCACCAUCCCUCUUCUGGCCGACAGGCUUGGCAGAAAACCAAUGAUCAUCACAGCUCAUGCGGCGACCCUGCUCCUGACAGUGGCGAUGGCAUUCUCCCGAUCUAUUGUUGAAUUAACCAUUCUAAAAGCCUUUUCUGGAAUAUUUAUUGAAGGUGUGCUGCUGGUGCUGGUGACCAUGGCACUGGAGUUAACCCUCACAAAGGAAAGAAAGAUUCUGGCGUUCUUCUUACUGUUCAGUUGGUCCAUAGCGGGCUUGACCUUAAGUGCCAUUGGGUUUAGUCUGAGGCUGAUGUCUUGGCGAACCAUACAGUACGCACUGGCGGCUGGUUCUCUUGUUGUGUUUGCUCAAAUCCUCAUACUGAAUGAGUCUAUUCGUUGGCUUUUCGCUGUCGGUCGAUAUAAGAGUGCCCAAAGAUUGGUGGAAUUCGCCGCUGAGGUUAAUGGUGUAGAUGUUGAUGAAAAGUUGAUAUAUGGCGUAGGACACAAGGAUGAGGAAGACGUCAUCACAACCACAACACCAGCACCUACAACGAACUCUAAUCCUGCAAAUGGCACCACCCCGGCCUCAGAAGACACACCAACAGAAACAUCCGUGCCAGAUGUCACACCAACAGAGACAUCUGUUUCAGGAGACACACCAACAGGAACAUCCAUUACAGAAGACACAACAACGGAAACAUCAGUUCCAGAAGUCACACCAACAGGAACAUCCAUUCCAGAAGACAAACCAGCAGGAACAUCUAUUAGAGAAGACACACUAACAGAAACAUCUGGUCCAGAAGAUACACCAACAAGAACACAUGUUCCAGAAGGCGCUCCAAUAAGAACAUCAGUUCCAGAAGACGCAUCGCAACCUGCAACAUCAGUAGGAACAGCAGCAACAACAUCAACAGCAAUAGCACCGAUAUUAGUUGCAGGAACAGCAUCAGAAAUAUCAACAAGACCAAGAGUAGUGACGACACAUACUGGAUUCAAGGAAGAUAUUGACUCACCUAACUGUUGUGCUUUUGCUCGCAACAAACAUUUAUUAAUAAACUUGAUUAUUUUCGUUUACAUUUGGUUCGUAAUCGGAUUCUCCUACUACACCUUGUACCUGACUGAGAGCUCUCUCGCCGACGACCUGUACCUCAACUUCACCAUCAACGUACUGUCGGAACUCCCUGCCGCCAUCAUCCUGCUCUUUGCGGUUGACAGCAUUGGGAGGAAAAAGACUAUUUUUCUCUUUUUGGGGACUGCCGUUGGCUUUCUGACACUUUCAACUAUAGUUCGAUUAUUUGCAGGCCCGGGCGUUACAUCGGUGGCUUUACCACUCUUCGGAUUCUUGGGAAAACUGGGCGUGGCCGGGACUUACUACACUCUGUUUCUGUACGUCGAAGAAACAUUGCCCACAACCUACAGACUGAUCGGGUUCGGCACAGCUGGUAUGUCGGGGAAACUAGGUGCACUUGGAGCCCCAUUCAUGGUCUUUGUUGCUGAGGACAUGCCCUGGUUCCCGACAGCUCUAAUCUCGGCUCUCCUGUUCAUCGCCAUAUUUGUUGCUAUACCACUGCCCGAAACUAAGGGGAAAGAUUUGCCCCAGACUGUGGACGACAUUGAAGAACUUUACAGGGACUGACUGUACCCUAUAUAAAGGACAUUAAAGAGACUAGGGGCAGAUGAAAACCCUGGGACGUCAUACAGAGGACUUGCAAAUCCCACAAAAAAACAACUAAUGAUAUUCAAAGGCUUAUUUCAAUCAUGUACUUAUCUUGCCUGAGCCGUACUGCUCACUGCUCAGCCACAGAGGUAGUAGGGAAAUUAUUUUUAUUUUCACUGAUAAAUAAAUGUUUGUUUCAAGCU